GGAAAGAGGCCAGGUAGGAGGCCGGGCGGCGCGCGCCGCAGCGGGCUAGUCGCGGACGAAUCCCAUCUGAGGCGGACCUCUUCCCUUUCCCUCCGCGCUUCAGCGCGCUUUCCCGCUCCCGGAGAUGCUGGCCGCGUCGCCAGCGGCCCUGCUGGCGGCCGUGGGCGCGCUGGCGUGGCUGGGUCCGCCGGAGGGCGGUUCGCCGAUGGUGGCCUCUGCGCAGGCCGUGUGGACGGCGUGGCUGAACGUGACCUGCAGGCGGCCCGGCAGCAACGACACCGGGCAGACGACGGUGGGCGAGAGCGGCGUCUUUGGCCAGGACUCGCCGCGGCACCGGACGGCCGGGCAGCUGGUGGCGCCGGAUGGGCGCGACGGCCUCGACGCCUGCAGCCCCCUCACCAACUUCAGCCUGGCGCCCGCCUCCGAGCCCUGGCUCGCCCUCAUCCAGCGCGGCGGCGGCUGCACCUUCGCCGAGAAGAUCCGCCUGGCCCGCCACCACGGAGCCGUCGCCGCCGUCAUCUUCAACUACCCCGGCGGGACGGGCAACGACGUGCAGCCCAUGACCCACCCUGGCACGGAUGACACCGUUGCUAUUAUGAUCAGCAACUUUAAAGGCAGAGAAAUCCUUCGUAAGAUGAGCGAUGGCUAUCAAGUGACCAUGAUUAUUGAAGUGGGGAAAAAGCAUGGAUCGUGGAUGAACAGCUAUUCCAUUUUCUUUGUUUCUGUGUCCUUCUUCAUUGUAACAGCAGCCACAGUGGGAUACUUCAUAUUUUAUUCUGCCCGAAGGCUUAGACUUGCAAGGGCUCAGAACAGGAGACAGAGACAGCUGAAAGCAGAUGCAAAAAAAGCUAUUGGACGGCUUCAGCUACGAACACUGAAACAAGGAGACAAGGAAACUGGUCCCGAUGGAGAUAACUGUGCAGUGUGUAUUGAGGUAUACAAACCAAAUGAUGUCGUACGAAUUUUGACUUGCAACCAUCUUUUCCACAAAAGUUGUAUCGACCCAUGGCUGCUGGAACACAGGACCUGUCCCAUGUGUAAAUGUGACAUACUCAAAGCUCUCGGAAUUGAGGUGGACAUAGAAGACAGAGUGGAGUCUUUCCCACCUACGUUGCCCAGGGAAGCCUCUCACAUCUCUUCUGUUAACGAAGAAGAUAAUCAUAGUGAGACCGCAUCAUCUGGGUAUGCUUCCGUACAGGGAACAGAUGAGCCAGUUCUUGAGGAACCCGCUCCUUCUGAGAGUGACAGUAGCCAUCUUGUGAACAACACAUCCCAGCCUCCAUCUGUAGAUGUGCUUCCACACCUUGACAAUCCAGGUUUUGAGGCAGAUGAAGUGCAAGCACGUGAUGCAAAGUCCUAAAUGGCUGUUGCAAUAAAAUGGAUAGCUGCUUGUCAUACCAGCAUCGAGCCAUGUCAACUCUGAUAAAGCUAAUGUAGCAGCAAUGUUGCCUUGUUGAUACUGAGUUAAAAUACAUGAUUUAAGAUUGCGGUUAUGUGGAGUGAUCUGCCCACUAAGUUUAACUUUACUUGUUCUUCUAGUUUUAGUAAUCUUCACAUAUAGGUCUUUCUUUCAGCAAAACCAAGAAAGAUCUUUAACACCAGCCAUCUGAGCACAGCCACUUUUUCUGUGGUGGAACUUCAUUUAGCCUACAGAAUAUGAAAUGUGUGUUUUCUUUUAAAAGUCUCCUUGUUUUAACUUAACUGUGUUAAUUUACUUUUUGGAGGGUUUGGUUU